AUGCAAGACGCUUCAAAGACCUCUGAAGAUGCAUUUGACUGGCUUUCCGAAAGCGAUCGGCAGUCGAUAGAGGAGGCCAUUCAAACAGGAGACUGGCCAGGGCUAGAGGGCUCGGCGUUCAGCAGAAUAGCUGUAAUUGAUCAUCAUUCUUCUCGCGCCAGGAAGCCAGCUGAGGGGUCAAAGCUUGAUUUGCAGGAUCUUUGGUAUCUCUAUUACCAAGUUGGAAAAAAUGUUCGCCACUCAAGCCCUGAGCAAGAUAAAUGGAUCAGACACAUUCUCCAGGUUCGCGGACAUGGACCCUUAACACGGCAAGCACAGAGCAGCAAUAGUGGCGGAGACAGUGAUGAAAGCAGCAGCCUUGAGAUUGCGACAACGUCAGGAGGCAUUAUUUGGGAAGACCUGCCCUUCUUCACUACGGAUAUGACAGACAUCUGGGUAAAGGAUUGUGCGACCAUGAGUGCUACUCAGCGCAUCAACUUUUCUCACUUUCUCGCCAAGCUCGCGUCCGUCGGAGUAGACGAUAAUCUUUGCACAAUUGCACCGCUGGUUUUCCAUGACGUCUUCGAAACCAUUCGCCCUCUGGGCAGCUACAAUGAUGAGAAUGACAAAGAAGAUACGCUCAGAACGUUAGAAGACCUUACGACUGCCGCGCUACUUCCGGCCGCGCAAGCUUGGCUAUUUAGCGCUGGUGAAACUACUUUCACGAGAUCGGAGCUGGGCCGGAAAUCAUCUGCGACCUUUAGUCCUUGGCGAUGGAUGUAUUGGCUGAAAAGACUAGAGGAGAUUAAAAUAGAAGCAAGACAAGCUGGCGAAGAGUCUCUUGCUGCGAGCAUCUUGCUUACCAUGGAACAAAUGCUAACUCUGGGGGGAAUUGGCGAUGACGAAAUUACAUGGGAAGACGGUGUUGGUACUAUGAGCUUGGAAUAG